AUGUCUAUCAUGAGAGGCAACAUCAUGAACGCAACCUCGCGAGCUAUUCUACGGCCUCGCCUUCAACCUCACUCGAGGCGAGCAGUCAUCUCCAGAAGGUCAUACGCAAGUGAUAUGCCGGAGCAUCCUCCAUCGCGCACUGAGGGCACUAGCGGUCUGCCAUGGCUCAUAGGAGCUGUCGCGGUCAUCCUUCCAACCACAUUUUGGUUCUUGAGUAGUGGCCAAAAGGCUACGCAUCACAAUGACCACGACCAGCAGAAGGCGUUGCGCAGUUCACACCCCGGGAUCAUGAACACACCUCACAAAGAUAUAGAAACCAAGGCGGAUGGCUCAGACUCCGACCUGCCAGAGGAUGCUCCAAACAGGCCAGAUAAUCGUGAGAAGAUCGAAAAGAAGCUGGCAGAGAAGCCGGCAACUAAGAGGGUGGACCCUAUGAAGUAA